AUGAGGUGCAAAAAAGGUAGUGGAGAAAUCAGAUUAGAGCAAGUCUUUGAUAGUAUAUCUGAGUUUAAAGAAGUUGUGGUUGAUUAUGCUCUUAAAAAUGGAGAGAAUAUAAAGUUUACAAGAUGGGGAUCAGAGAGAAGUGAAGUAAGGUGUGCUAUUGGAGGGAAUUGCAACUUCAAAAUCUACUGCUCCUAUGAAGAUAAAAUUGGGAAGUACAUGGUGAAGACAUGCAAUGAUGUGCAUGCAUGUACUAAGGAUGGGUUUAGUAAAGUGAUCAAAAGUGGAGUCCUUGCUCAGUUGUUCUUGAAUGACAUUAGGAAAGAUCCGACAUUCAAGGCCAAGGCGAUGCAAGAUGCAGUUGAGGAGCGUUACACAAUAGUUGCUACUUAUGAUCAAUCAAAUCCAGGUUUAACAGUGGACGUUGGGACGAUGACUGAUGAUAAUGGUGUAGUCAAGUUUGAUAGGUUUUAUGUCUGCUUUGCAGCCCUUCGAAAAACUUGGAUAGCAUAUUGUCGGCCAAUAAUUGGCAUAGAUGGAUGCUUCUUAAAUGGUGUGAAAGGACAACUGUUGGUUGCUGUAGGAAGAGAUGCCAACAAUCAGUUCUACCCGGUUGCUUGGGCAGUUGUGCAAACAGAGAACUUUGACGCUUGGUUGUGGUUCAUUAAGAAGCUGAAGGUUGAUUUGACACUCGAAAAUGGUGAUGGAUUUACUCUUAUUUCUGAUAGACAAAAAGGGUUGCUCAAUGCUGUUGAUCAAGAGUUACCAAAGGUGGAACACCGGAUAUGUGCACGCCAUAUCUGUGGCAAUCUGAGAAGAGUUUACCCGGGUAAAGAUUUGCCUAAGAAGUUGUUUUGGACAGUUGCCAAGAGUUUUAACGAAGCGGAGUAUAAUAGAGCAAUCGAGGAAUUGAAGAAGUUUGAUGAAGGUUUGUAUGAUGCUGUCAUGCAAAGAAAUCCGCAAAACUGUAGUCGUGCCUUCUUCGGAUGCAAAUCAAGUUGUGAGGAUGUUUCUAACAAUUUUUCUGAGUCUUACAACAAUGCCAUCAAUAAAGCACGGGAGAUGCCAUUAGUGGAGAUGUUGGAGACAAUAAGAAGACAAACUAUGAUGCAUAUAGAUGUGAGGCUCAAGAAGGCUAUGAAACGUCAAGGUAAAUACACUCUCAAAGUCGCCAACACCAUCAAAGAGGAAGAGAGGUUGCGAAAGUAUUGUUAG